AUGAAUUUUUCGUUCCAUUGCGCAGAUAGCUUGCGCAGCAAACAAAAGACGGUGCAAAGUUGCAAAAAAAUCGCACAACCACGCCCCCAGUCAGUGGACUCAUUGGAGAAUCGGCAGCUGAUUGUCAAAACAGCAAACAAAAAUUUUGAUUAUCGCAACAGAUAAUCAAUAAUGCCGAAAAAAUUUGUUGGUGAAAACAGUAAAGCCGUGGUUGCCAAGGCCCGAAAGCAAGCAGCGAAAGAAGAGGAGACUGCUCGUAAACAGAAGGCCAUUGAGGAUGAGUUUUGGAGAGACGAUGACAAGCAGUUGGCUAAGAAGCAGCAGCGAAAAGAGGAGCAAGAGAAAAAGAAAUUAGAGGCGCUGCAGAGAAAAGCAGAGAGCAAGGCCUCCUUAGAGGAGGAGGUUAGCAAAAUUAAAAUCGGAGGGAAGCAGACACAGGCGAAAGUUACCAGAGCUGAGAUUGAGGCUGAAGCUGAAAGGAGACGUGUGGCAGCACUUGCCGCCAACAAGAAGGAAGAGGUCAAAACACACAUAGAAAAACCCUUGGUCGAGAAUGUAAACCGCUUGGAUGUUGAGGGACUUGAAGCUCGCAGCAUCGAUGAUGCAAUCUCAGUCCUGAGUGAAAAGGAACCUGAAAUCGACCGCCACCCUGAGCGAAGACUGAAAGCUGCUUAUGCUGCGUUUGAGGAAGAACGUUUGCCACAGCUGAAGGCUGAACACCCUAACAUGAGACUAUCGCAAAUCAAGCAACUGAUUUGGAAAGAAUGGCUGAAGUCGCCAAAAAACCCAGUGAACCAGAAACCACAGGCUUAAUAUACAUAGUAUCUAUCUGAUGUUGCUGUGAAAUUCUAAAACUGACACUGCAUGUUACUGUGCUUCGAAAUUUUCUGUAAAUAAAAUAACCACAACUUGAACA